GCCCUCAAAAUGAAAACAAAACAUGCCAUAGCCUUUCACUGAAUAACGUACACGUUACACAGUGCUGGGUGAACAGUGUCAGAGUCGUUAGUUGAGAAUGACUCUGCAGGAGCUUGUUGCCCAGGCUGCAUCCGUCCACCGUGACCGAACAGCUGUGACAUACUGCAGCUCUGUGUCGGGGAAAUGGAGUUCUCUUCUGUACGGGGACCUGUCUACACUUGCCGAAGAACUGUCUUGUAUUUUUAAGCAGAGUUGUUCUUCCAGUAAGGGUGUGAUCGGGCUGUACUGCUCCGAUGACUUGUUUGUACCAGUCUGGAUUCUGGGAAUCCUACAGUGUCCUGCCGCUUAUGUCCCACUGGACCCAGAUGCUCCUGGACUCCUGUCCACCAGAGUCAUUCACCAGUGUGGACUGAAGUACUGUGCUGUGCAGACUGACCUCCUGAAGAAAUUUCAGGAAACCCUCAUCAAAUACAUAGUGGUGGAGGUUUGUGAGGAGUUGCCCAAGUUCCAACUCACACUGAUAAGAGUCGAGCCAUUACCGGUUUCUAAGCAGAAUGAAGGAACUGAACGUAUUAGAGCUCUGACAGUCAGUGGUGCUGAUCUCACGGACUCAUCUGCAGCAGUGAAAGACACAAUGAAGGUUGAUCUGGCGUAUGUGCUUCACACAUCUGGAACAACAGGCAUUCCAAAGAUUGUGAGGGUCCCACACAAGUGUAUACUCCCCAACAUACUGCAUCUGAGAUCAUUGUUUCAGAUGAAUGAAAAGGAUGUGGUGUUUCUCGCCUCACCCUUAACCUUUGACCCCUCUGUGGUGGAUAUCUUCCUUGCCUUAUCCUGUGGAGCUCAGCUGCUCAUUGUUCCUUCUGUGAUCAAGAAAAUACCCAGUCGACUGUCUCAACUGUUGUUUACAGAUCACAAGACAACUGUCCUACAGGUCACACCGACUCUGCUGGGCCGCUUUGGACACCAUAUCCUGAAACAUCAUGUAUUGGCGUCUGGUUCCUCGUUGCGUGUUUUGGCUUUGGGUGGAGAGGCCUGUCCAUCACCCGCUCUAUUGUCUUCUUGGAGGCACGAGGACAACAAAAGCCAAAUCUAUAAUAUCUAUGGGAUCACAGAGGUUUCCUGCUGGGCCUGCUGCUACAAAAUCCCAGAGUCUUCACUGCAGUCAAAUGACUUAACUUGCAGUACAGUCGUCUCUGUGCCUCUGGGGACUCCUCUGAUGGACACAGUGGUGGAAGUCAGAGAUGAACAUGACUGCGUGGUUACAGAGGGGGAAGGACAGGUGUUUAUAGGUGGAGAACAUAGAGUGUGUCUCCUGGAUGAUGAGGAGGUUGUUGUGCCGUGGACGAUGAGAGCCACUGGAGACUGGGUGAAUGUUGUGGACUCCCAGCUUUACUACCUGGGACGACGAGACCGGAUGAUUAAACGCCACGGAAAACGGGUCAACUUGGACAGUUUGCAGCAGCUCAUAAUGACGCUUCCUCUGGUGGAGGCCUGUGUAGUUGGACUACAUGAAGACCUUCGACUGCUGGCUUUUGUUGUGACGUCCACAUCUGGAGGACAGAAAGCAGCCUCUCUGUUCCCAUCUGUGCAGCGUCAGGCAGAUUUCCACCGCUCCUCUGUUAAACACCAGCAGGAGGACGUGGGAGGUGCAGAUGGAGAUGUGAGCAGACUCAUUCUGAAGCAGCUGUCAGAGCUGCUGCCCUCCUACAGCGUACCAGACACACUGCUGAUGGUCCCGGCUUUGACCCUGACCCCUCACGGCAAAGUAGACUUGGAUGCACUAAUGAAAAUAUACCAAAGACAGACGAAGAGUUUACAGGCCAGUUCUUCACAGGGAGAUUUUGCAAGAUUAAAGCAGCAUCUGCAGUCUGUGUGGCAGGGGACUCUGGGCCUUUCUGCAGAUGUCCCCGUUGAUGAUGAAUCCAACUUCCUGCUCAGUGGAGGAGACUCCCUGAAGGCGUUACUUCUCCAUGAAGACAUCCUCACUACUGUGGGGGUGACGUCACCAGAGCUUUUGGAGAUCAUACUUGAUGGGACUUUCUCUGAUGUAGCGCGGCACAUCGCUAUGGUAACACUGAAAAAAGAGACACUUGAAAAAAGCCCCUCAUCCCUUUCUGAGACGAAGAAACGGCGCACAGAUCCUUCAUCUGCAGCUCCAGCAAAGAGAGACCGCAGGGACUUAAAGAGUCUGCAGACCAAUGCAAAUGUGUUGGGGAAACGGGUUGUUAAAGUUCUAAGAAGAGCUAGCGAGGUGGUAGAACUUCAAAGCAGAGAUGAGAAGUUUCAAGCGGAGUCGUUUGGAGAGACUAGUGCCUCUGUGUCUCUGGGACUCAGUCUGAGCUGGUCCUCAGACACAGGCAGAUGUGUGGACGCCUCCCCAGUGCUUCUAGUACAAGACGGGACCAAAACGAUAGUGUUCAUCGGCUCCCACUCCCACAGGAUGCAGGCUUUAGACCUGGACACGGGCAGCGUCCAAUGGGAGCGAGUUCUGGGGGACAGAAUCGAGGCCUCGGCUGCAGUUUCCCACUGUGGGACUGUUGUGAUUAUAGGUUGCUAUGAUGGAUGUGUGUAUUUCUUGUGUGCUGCGUCUGGAGAGACUCAUUGGGUGUUUGAGACUGAGGAUGCAGUGAAAUGCUCUCCGGCUGUAGAUCCACUCACAGGUCUGGUGGUAGUGGGCUCACAUGAUGGGUAUGUUUAUGCCCUGGACCAUAAGGAUCAGAAAUGUGCAUGGAAGCAUCACUGUGGCGGUGGGGCUGUGUUUUCUUCCCCCUUCCUUCAUCCCUCACACAGACGUCUGUACGUGGCCUCACUGGGAGGUCGUCUGUUCUGCAUAAACCCUGACAGUGGAGAAGCCCUGUGGUCUGUCUGUAGAGACUCCCCAUUUUUUUCAUCACCGAUCGCAUCCUCUCAUCACAUUGUGAUCGGCUCGGCGGAUGGAAACAUCUGCUGCUUUAGCGUUGCAGGAGAACCGCUUUGGCAGUUUGUGACAAAAGAAGCCGUGUUCUCGUCGCCGUCCCUGACACCCAACCAGCAGAGGGUCAUAUGUGGAUCCCACGAUGGCCGCCUGUACUGUAUAAACUGCACUGACGGCUCUUUGGCCUGGACGUUCCAGACCACAGGCCGGGUUUACUCCAGCCCGUGUGUGUUUGACGGAGCCACUGUGGGCAGGACAGGGAUCCUGGUGGCAAUAGCCUCCACAGAUGGAACAGUCUGGAUCCUGGAUGGUCAUGACGGACAAAUGCUGGCCUUGUACACUCUUCCUGGGGAGCUGUUUUCAUCCCCAGUUGUGUUCAAACAAUCCCUCAUUAUCGGGUGCCGCAAUGACUAUGUGUGUUGUUUGAAACUUAAUUUUAAAGAGGAAACAUAGAGGGACCAAAUGUUAUUUAGCUUUAUCUUAAUACUAAUAAAACUGAUUGUUUUCA